CGGUGACAGUUGUUGUGAGUGGGUACAUCUAGAGCUGGAGAGUUUGACAAGAUGGCGAUUAACAAAGUUUUAGCUCUCGCAAUAGAGGUGGCAAUUGUGAUUGCCUUUGCAUCAGAAAGCAUACAGGCAGUGUGUAACUGGGACGAUCCAGUAGAAGGCGUUUCCUUUCAAGCAUCUGAGGCUGGCCAACUCGAAAUCAAAGCUGAAGCGGCGACGUUGGCAGAUUGCAAGGCAGCCUGCGAGACGGUAGGAUACAGUUGCCCGGCGUUCACGUUCAAUCCGGACAAUGAUGGGUGUACGAUAUUGACGAGCAUUACUGGCUCUUUCAUUUCGAGUAUCGUGUUACCAGGAGCAGUGGCAUAUUUUCGGAACUGCGUGGAUUCGCCUCAUUGCUCGGGAACACCAUGCAUGAAUGCAGCGACCUGUUAUAUGGAUGAUGGAAAUCCUGCAUGUUACUGCACGUACGGUUGGCAGGGGGAACUUUGUGAUGAACCGACGCAGAGAUUUAUAGUAAAGACUUGCACAGGGCUGCAUAUUGAUUGUAACAAUGGAUCCGAUCCAAACUCCCUAGCCUACAGCAAAUGUGAUACGGAUAACACGUGCGUAUGCAUGGAUGGAUACUUUCAACAUAGUCCGUCACACUCAUGCAUUCCGAUUGUGCCUGGCACUCCUUGUUCCCACAAACCAUCCCCGGACGCCUUCUGUGAGGUUGGGAUACCUCACUCCAAAUGUGGAGCAAGCGACGAGUGCGAGUGUGAUACCGGUUUCUACAUUGCCAUCAAUAACUGGGGCCAGCAAUACUGCAAGCACUUUGAGCCAGGAUCGAGCUGUUCAACCGAUGCUGACUGCCAGAGCGGCAUGACUGAUGGUGUCUGUGUGGAUGGCGAAUGCGAAUGUCCUGUUGGAAAGGAGUUUGUCUUUAGCGCAGAAGCGUGUAUAACGCCGUCAUCAGAUGUUGCUUGUUCAUCCUGCAAGUUGUCCGGAGGAGUAUGCUAUGAUUCUAACAGCGAUUCGUCCCCUGAUACAUGCGCGUGCCCACCAUACAAGCAAUCGACCAACCCCUCCGACUUCACCGUAGGUUGUGACGUUUCGUUAGUUGAUCCGGGGAAAUUGUGCGACUCUGAGGGGGUUCAGUCUGUGUGCCGUUCUCCAAACGCGCAGUGUAUUCAUGCAAAGGCGGUGUCUCAACAUCACCAGUGCCAGUGCAAGCUGACGUACCAGGCUGUGCCAGAGAGAUACAACCCGGACUACAACGCAAAGUGUGUGAAAGUCAUUUCCAAAUUCACCGAUCCCAACUGCAAGUGGUGUGCUAGGCAAGGAGGUGUUUGCGUGGACAUAAACGGUGAUUACCUUCGAGACGACUGUAUGUGCCCAGAGACCAAGUCCUCCAGUAGCCAUGCUCAUCCCAAGUUCGACUGCGACACUGACCACGUCAACGUAACCUGCCUCGGAGACUCCAUGAAGAUCACAUAUUUGCCACAGAACAAAGCCAAAUACACUUCAUUGCUAUCAGAACUGCAAAACGAUGAAGGCAGUGUGUUCAUCCGCCACAAGCAGGACGCUGGCGAGUGCUGGUUUAAUCAGGUCAACGGAAUGUACGAACUGACUUUUUCAUUGCAAGAUGAAAUGCUGCCAAUGUGUGGUGUCAAGAAAAUGGAACGUCUGGAUGCGUCCACCACAUACUCUACCGAAGUUCGGAUUCAGAGGGGUAAAACUGGCCAGGGCAUAUUCGGUUGGAGUGAUUUUACGUUUAGCGCAUACUGCACAUACUAUAAGACAGUUGGCGCCGAGGCCGGGGAAGGUGGGGUCAAGGUGAAAGACCGCGAACUCGGACUGCAAUAUGCAUCGGAGGGAGUGGCUGUUGCCGCCCAGCUGGAAAUAAGCGUGCAAGAUAAGUUUGGUCGGGAUGCUGAAGAAACCGGCUUGACGAUGGGGGAUGAUGUCCAGUUAAUUGUCCAAAUGACAGACGACGCAGAUGCAUAUACCAAGAUUACAGUCGAGACAUGUGUCGCUGCCGAUCGACCUAACCUUGACGACCCUGCUGUUCAAACGAUACUUCUUUUGAAUGACGGAUGCCCGAUUGGAUCAAGCGAUCCGUCAUUUGAGCUGGACCCAACUGAUCCUAACCAGACUCUUCUUAGUGAGUACUUCCCGAGUGUGUCAUUUGAGGGUUCCAGUUACGUGUUCUUCCAUUGUGCGAUAAGGGUUUGCAGGCAACCAUCCGAAUGUCCGGAGGUUAGUUGCUACCGGAAGCGAAGGUCACUGAGUGGACGUAUCCGAUCCUACCAGGACAUUCUGGAACUCGUGGAGUACGACUGGGGCGUCAAGUCCGGUGUCAGCACUGGAGGGAUAUAUAUUAGACCCAAAGGCUUCAUGGAAGACCAGUCAAACAGCGGUGUUGAUGAAGAUAGGAACACUAUGGAACGUACCUGCCCGGGCAUGUUUGGAAUAUGCGGACUGAACGUAACAAUGUUUGUGACUAUCAUUGCUGGGUUUUCCGUCACAAGCACCCUGACUGUGGCUGCGUCCAUCUUGUAUCGUCUGCGGAAGCGACAGCUGGAAAAAACGCGGUAUUCGACGGCAUCUAAACGACAAGAUAGCGCAUCCUCCACGGGAAUGUUGUACGCGCAAGCACAGACACCCAGCCCAGCCCCAUAUUUGUGGUACCAAUCGAAACGAGUACGGAGUUGCACCAUGACGAAACCUCUGAUGAGUGCUAUGUUGCUUCUUCUUGUUUGGUGUUUUUGUGCUCUGUAUGUGGCUUGUACCGGCUUCCCACAACACGACGGUUACAUGCAUCGCUACGGAGACUGCUCCGGUGGCGAUAUAAAACGAGUCGAUUAUACGAAGACGUUAGGAUGUUGGAGGCGUUGCAAUGAAAUGGCCAACUGCAAGUCAUUCUUGUGGGUAGAAAAUGUCCAAAAUGUCCAAAGUAGCUACUGCUGGCUCAAGACGAAGAAGUGUGCUGUAUUAACCUCAACGAACAAUGCUCGCUACCACACCUACACCAAAAUAGAGAACAGCGUGGACUAUACUGCACGCUUCGGAGACUGCCCAGGAAACGAAAUAAAGAGAAUAAAUCAAGCGAUGAAAGCAGACCGUUGCAAAAAUGAAUGCAACAUCAGGCAGGACUGCCAAUCGUUCUUACACGUCAAGCAGGGUAGUGGGAGCUACUGUUCACUCAAGAACAGUAGAUGCCCCAACCUGACAAACACUCAUGUGACGAACUUUAUCUUUUAUAAUAAGAAGUCCGGGUCUGGUGGAGGUGGAGGCAAAUCUGGCGUCUCCUCCUAUGAAAGGCCAGCCGGGAGAACGGAGGUAAUCAUGACGCCACGAUAAUGUAACCACUGACUGAUGGGGCCCGAGUAGUAGUCCGCCGAGGCUGACGAAAUUGUGGGAAGUAAGGGCCUGGCCGGUAUCCCCGAGUAGCAACAUAUGAAAAAGACGCUGGUAAUUUAGGCUGACAUUUUGGGUUGAUAAGAAGUCGUGUCUCAUCAGCCGUGAUUACUAUAAAAAUCAGAUGUUUCAUUCGUGUCAGUCGGUACCUAUCGUUCAGUACGUGUCAUCAGGAUGUAGAUGACGGUGAUGGGAGAAGCUGAUUUCCCAUUUCCCAUUUUUUAGUAAGUGAAACAAAUUAUUGAAAUUAUAUAAAUAUAAUGUUAACAAAUAUACAUGUAUUUCUCAAUGAUAGUGCGUCAUCAUACUACAUACAACGCAAGAAAUGUGAAGGAAUCACGCGGUAACUGACGAUUGACAAUGUAAAAACGUGUCAAACUCAAUGUUGGGAAAAUCACUAUCAUAGUCACAAGUCUACACAAAUACUAGUACAUGUAACUGCAAAAGUGAUAUUUUAUUACUCAAUGCAAAAACAGUCAA